GAUGCAGCCAAGUUCUUUUUAUUUUUAGCUAAACUAGUUUAUUAGCUUAUCUACAUUUAUAUCAGAACUUGUUAAUUAUAAUAAUAAUACCUUUGGCUGGCUAUUCCCAAAUUCUGAUUCUAACUAAACAGUGUGACCUUCACCUAAAAUUUGGCAGCUAAAUUAGAAUCUAUUAUUAUAUAGCUGUUAAAAAACAUGCGCAAGAUAUUCGAUUCCUUAUCUUAUUAUAAUCACACACAUUGGCUUAAGAACGUUUUACCCAUAGUUCUCAUUAAAGAGUGAGAGUGAGAAAGAGUAAGAUAGACAGUGAAAGAAAGAAAGAGAGAGCUGCAGUAAUUGAUUACAAAUUUAGUGUAUUAAUAUAAGCUAGAUUUAAUGAUAAUUUUUUCAACAAUUCAUUUAGUUCUCCAAGAUCGACCAUUCGGAACUAAUUUAUAUAUAAUUUUUAUCAUCGAUCGACUCUAGUAAUGUAGCCCCUAUGUCAUUAGUGAAGAAGCUAUGAAGCCGGUAACUAUGGGUUUGUCAAUCGCGGUGGUUCUUCUGAUGCUCGCAUCGGUAAACUGUCGGAGGUCCAGAUUCACGAAUCUCAAAUGCAGCAGUUUUGAUCCCGAAUUUGCGAAGUUUGAGAAGUGCAAGCUGAAAGUCAUUGGCAGAGGAGUCGUCUCCGCCAAUGUAUUUAUAUUAAUGCUGAAGUUGCCGAUUGAUAAUAUAUUCGUAAGAAAUCCUUGGAUUACAUAUAAAAUACAACAUACAACUAGAAAAACGGAGCUAGUGUCAAUCAACUGGAGCGGUUGGCGACGUUAUAAUAGCUUCCAGCCGUUUCUAUACAAUUCCACUUGCGAUUUCUGUCACCUUUUAGCAUCUCGGAAUAAGCUCUCAUUCGAGUACAUGGUGCUGGCAGCUAUUCAAUCGAGAUCCAAUGUUAAUCAUACUUGCCCCUACAAUCACAAUGUUAUUGUGGAUAACUUGGUGUUCGAGGAUGGGUUCCUGAAGACGCUGCCGCUGCCCCAAGGCGAGUAUAAGCUUCAGUUGCGCUUUGGCACUAACAAAGUGUGGAAACUUAUGGUGGAGAUAAGCUUUCAGCGAGAUGAAUAA